AUGAGUGAGACCGUGAAGCGUUCAAGAGAAGAAGACAGUAAACCUGUCACUGAAGAUCCUUCUGAUGUCAAUGUUGUAGAAAAUUUCAGUGAAUUAAAUUUAUCUCAACCAACUUUAAAAGCUAUUGAAAAGAUGGGAUUUACAAAGAUGACAUCUGUUCAAGCUAGAACCAUUCCUCCUUUAAUGGCAGGUAGAGAUGUUUUAGGUGCAGCAAAGACUGGGUCAGGUAAAACUUUAGCAUUUUUGAUUCCAGCUAUUGAAAUGUUACAUUCUUUAAAAUUUAAACCAAGAAAUGGUACCGGUGUAAUUGUCAUUACUCCAACAAGAGAAUUAGCCUUACAAAUUUUUGGUGUCGCAAGAGAAUUAAUGGAAUUUCAUUCACAAACUUUCGGUAUUGUUAUUGGUGGUGCUAAUAGAAGACAAGAAGCUGAUAAAUUAGUUAAAGGUGUAAACUUAUUAAUUGCUACUCCAGGUAGAUUAUUAGAUCAUUUACAAAACACUCAAGGUUUUGUAUUCAAGAAUUUAAAAGCUUUAGUUAUCGAUGAAGCAGAUAGAAUUCUUGAAAUUGGGUUUGAAGAUGAAAUGAAGCAAAUUAUUAAAAUUUUACCAAAUGAGGAUAGACAAUCAAUGUUAUUCUCUGCUACACAAACAACAAAAGUUGAAGAUUUAGCCAGAAUUUCUUUAAGAAAGGGUCCAUUGUUUAUUAAUGUUGUCUCUGAAAAGGAUGUAUCAACAGCUGAUGGUUUAGAACAAGGUUAUGUUGUAUGUGAAAGUGACAAAAGAUUUUUAUUAUUAUUUUCAUUCUUAAAGAGAAAUCAAAAGAAGAAAAUUAUUGUAUUUUUAUCUUCUUGUAAUUCAGUGAAAUAUUAUGCAGAAUUAUUAAAUUAUAUUGAUUUACCUGUCUUAGAACUUCAUGGUAAACAAAAACAACAAAAGAGAACAAAUACAUUUUUUGAAUUUUGUAACGCUGAAAGAGGUAUCCUUGUCUGUACUGAUGUUGCAGCAAGAGGUUUAGAUAUUCCAGCUGUUGAUUGGAUUGUUCAAUUCGAUCCUCCUGAUGAUCCAAGAGAUUAUAUCCAUAGAGUCGGUAGAACAGCAAGAGGUACUAAGGGUAAAGGUAAAUCUUUAAUGUUUUUAACUCCAAGUGAAUUAGGUUUCUUAAGAUAUUUGAAAGCCGCUAAAGUUCCAUUAAAUGAAUAUGAAUUUCCAAUGAAUAAAAUCGCUAACGUUCAAUCACAAUUAGAAAAAUUAAUUAAAUCUAAUUAUUACUUACAUCAAACUGCUAAGGACGGUUACAGAUCUUAUUUACAAGCAUACGCAUCGCAUUCUUUAAAGACUGUAUACCAAAUUGAUAAACUUGAUCUUGCAAAAGUUGCUAAAUCAUAUGGUUUCCCUGUCCCACCAAAAGUGAAUAUUACUAUCGGUGCUAGUGGCAAGACCAAUAACAAGAAACGUAGAACAAAAUAG